CACAUGGAAGCCGGAAAUGAACGCAAUGGUAUGGAUUUCAACAGACAGAUUAAGACGGAAGACCUCAGUGACUCCUUGCAAACGACCAUCCCUUCCAGAUCGGGUCAUCUAGUCCAAGGGCCCUCAAUGAUGCCUGGCGGCCAGAUUGGUGGGGAUAUGAGCUCCCUUCACACUUUGCAACAGCUUGUGCAGGUUCCAGGACAUAUGCAAUCCGUCCCCUUAUUCCUUCUUUCUCAGACCUCAGCAGGGCAACAAGCUCUGCAAUCAAAUCUAAUUUCCUUUCCUCAGCAACAGAGUAGCCUCCUUCUUCCACAACAUGGUCACAGCUUAGCAUCUCAGGCCGUGGGGCGUCCCGGACAUCCUGGGCCAGCAUUAGAGCCCCACCUGGAGGUCCCGCAGCAUUUACAUGUUUCCAAGCACUUGUCAUCUUCGACGGUGACAGACGAAGCCAAUGACCUAGAGGAACUGGAAAAAUUUGCCAAGACCUUUAAGCAGAGGCGAAUCAAACUAGGUUUCACGCAGGGUGAUGUGGGCCUCGCUAUGGGAAAGCUGUAUGGCAAUGACUUCAGCCAGACCACCAUUUCCCGCUUUGAGGCUCUCAAUCUGAGCUUCAAGAACAUGUGCAAGCUAAAACCCCUGCUGGAGAAGUGGCUGAGUGAUGCAGAAUCUUCUCCUUUGGACUCUUCUGUAAGCACCCCCAGCUCCUACCCAUCUGUGAGUGAGAUGUUUGGGCGCAAGAGAAAGAAACGCACCAGCAUCGAGACGAACAUCCGUUCCACGCUGGAGAAACGAUUCCAAGAUAACCCCAAGCCCAGCUCAGAGGAGAUCUCCAUGAUAGCAGAGCAGUUGUCCAUGGAAAAGGAAGUGGUCCGGGUUUGGUUCUGCAACCGGCGCCAGAAAGAGAAACGCAUCAGCUGCCCAAUACCCUCUCCCAUCAAAUCACCCCUCUAUAACUCCAGACUGGUUUCUACCUCAGGAUCUUUGGGUCCCCUCUCUAUUACGCCCGUCCACAGCACUAUGCAUGGUGCAGUGACGUCUUCCUGCUCUCCGGGGAGCUCCAGCCGGCCCUCCUCUCCUGGCACGGGACUCCACGCCAGCAGCCCCGGCAUGUCCCCGAGCAAUGCCAAAACAGCCAUGAACCCGUCCAGUUUCAACUCCCCUGGAUCGUGGUACCGAUGGAACCAGCCAACCUACCUCCAUUGAGGCAACCUUCCCCAAGCAGCAUCCGCCUCCACCAUUCUCUCCUCUGUAGAAAAAGGGACCCUUAACUUCUUGCGAUGGACUCGCUUCUCCG